AUGAGGCGGCCCUCGUUCAACCCCGGGCGCACGAAGAAUCUCAUCCAUGGAUUCCAAGGCUUCCUAAUCUUUCUCGGAUGGGCUCUCACGAUUGCAGUAUUCACAAAGGGCGGUGGUAUUGAUGGGCGAUCAGGCUGGUACUUCGCCUUGUGCUGGAUCUCUAUCCCCGCUCUCAUCUACCUAGUUGCAGUGCCCAUGUGGCCUCGCGCUCGACGAUUCGGAAAUGUUUAUGCCUUUGCGACCGUCGACACUCUCUUCGCCGUUUUGUGGUUCAGCGCUUGGGUCGCUAUCGCUAGCUAUGUGGCACAAGGCAAGAGCGAGGGUAAAGAUGAAAGCGAUCAGCAGGAUGACAAUACCAACGAGGACGAGAAGCCGAGCGGAUGCGACAACUGGAAGUACGGCAGUGCCAGUAAAUGCAAUGUCAGCACCGCCAGUUGCAUCAUUGGAGUGGUCAUCUUCGUUCUCUUCGCCCUGACAGCGUUCAUGUCCUUCCGCAACGUCAUGCACUUCCGUCGCACUGGAACCCUCCCCGACGCCGUCUCCGACCCCACCUUUGCGGCACAGAGCAAGGCCGCCUUCUCGUCGAAUCCUGCUCAAGACUUUGAGGAAGAGGACGACUUCCGCUCCGGCCGUGCGGGGAUGGGCUCCUCGAUGCGAGACCGCGACGAGGACUACGCUCUCCUGCACCAGAGCGAGGUCGACGACCUCGGCAACCCCAACGGCCGCUCCGCGAUGCACGGAGCUUACGACCCGACCGAGUCAACCGGAGGAAGUGUUCUACAUGACUUCAACACCGGAUACGGUGGCGCACACGGCCAGCACUACGCGCCGCCGUCUGAAUAUGACAAUUCAACAGUCAGCGGCUACAAUCGCUGA